AUGGCCCAAAACCUGGAGAUGGAGGAGAAGGCCACAGGCGAUCACAUGGAAUGGACUGUCAAGUCCGAGAUGGAACUGGCUGCCGGCAGUGAUGAUAACGUUUCCAUGUGGCAGCUUAUGAAGAAGAAUAACUGGGCAAUCUUAUACUGCUGUCUCAUGAGUAUCAGUCCAAUGGUUUUUGGAUUUGAUGUCAUCACUGUUGGUAUCGUUACAGCAAUGCCGGCGUUUCAAGAGUCAUUCGGAACCCUCACCGAUGGUACAUACCUUCUUCCGGCCAUGUGGCUGUCACUAUGGACCACCAUGAUGCCAGUUGGUAUGAUGUUUGGUUCAUUGAGCGGCAGUUUCACCACGGAUAGGUUUGGAACGAGGUGGUCCAUCAUGCUUGGAGGACUCUUCGCAGUAGCCGGUGCUUUACUCACUUUAUUCUCGGACCGAUUGCCUGAUCUAGAAUCAAGACGUGGUCUUUUCACCGGCUCCAAGGUGGUUUUGGGUUGGGGUCUGGGUUUUAUGCUUCCGGCAUCGCAGACAUAUGUGUCCGAGGUAGCUCCCGUUCGGCUUCGCGGAGCUCUUCUUUCAUUUUUCACUAUAUCCAUGAACACCCUCGGACACCUUUUCUUCCAGACACUAACCACGUUGGUUCAGCUCAUUGGUCAAAUUAUUGCAGUCGCUGGAAUUGAUGUUCGCCUUCUCAACUACACUCCGUCUUCAUACCGUGUUCUAUUUGCAGUGGAACUGGUCCCAACCGGGCUUUCAAUCAUCGCAGCCAUCUUCUGUCCGGAAAGUCCAGCAAUCUACGCCAAGCUGGGCAAGCGUGUACAAGCAAUUUGCGCAUACACCCGAAUUUUCUCUUCAGAAGGAGCAGAGGAGGCAGUUACAAAGAUCGAAAGCUCUCUCGAGCAUGAGAGACAAGCACAGGUUAACGAUGAAGCUCCAAGCUAUAUUGAAUGCUUCCGAGGAACAAACUGGCGCCGUACUAGAGUUGUCAUCUACGCCAAUAUGUUACAGAACUUUGUCGGAGUUGCUAUGGUGAACCAGUGCACUUAUUUUAUGGAGCUGGGUGGCAUGUCUCCCUAUAUCUCCCUGAAUGUGACUACUGCACUCCUGUGCGUGGCUCUCCCGGGUUAUAUCUCCUCUUGGUACACCAUGAACGUCUAUGGUCGACGCAAUGUCAUGCUUUGUGCCAGCACUGCCAUUGGAGUUCUCUGGUUGGUCAUUGGCAUCAUGGGAUGUUUUGGGGCCGAAAAGAUAUUUUGGACUAUUGGAUGUCUCAUUGUGGUCAUCAACUUUGUCUAUGCUAUGGGUGUUGGUAGUGUUUAUCCUGUGGUUGCAUCAGAGACCUCAACCCUGCGGCUUCGUGCUAAAACACAGGCCAUUGGGUUCUGCGUCCAGUUCCUUACCACUUGGGCGUUUGGAUUCUCUGUGCCAUAUAUGUACACGACCGAUGAAGGUGACCUGGGCGGUAAAGUCGGCUUCAUUUUUGGAUUCCUUUCUGUCGUUGCGUGGGUGGUAAUCUACCUGGAAGUCCCGGAAAUGAUGGGUCGCACGAUCGCAGAUAUUGAUGAGCUCUUUGAGCGAAAGACUGCGACAAAGGAUUUCCGCAAGACAGUUCUCUAA